GCAAAGCAAGCCUUGACAAAACACUUCGAUUCGGACAGCUGUCAUUCGAAAUUAAAUACGUUGUAUUGUUAAGCUGGUGUGACUUUUACUGAUUAAAUUGAAGCGAAAGUGAAGCAGCUAUGACCGAUUCGGAUGAGACUUCCUGGAUUCGUUGGUUUUGCAAGCAGCGGGGCAACGAGUUCUUUUGCGAGGUGGAUGAGGACUACAUUCAUGACAAGUUUAAUCUGAACUUUCUCGAUUCGAACGUGAAGAACUACAGAUGUGCCUUGGAGGUGAUCAUGGAUAUGAAUUCGGGUUCAGCCUCGGACGCCCCUGCUGAGCCGGAACUGGAGGCCAGUGCAGAGAAACUGUAUGGUUUAAUCCACGCUCGCUUCAUCCUAACCAAUCAGGGCAUCGAGCUGAUGCUAGAGAAGUACAACAAGGGAGAAUUUGGGACGUGUCCACGCGCUUUCUGCCAGAGUCAGCCGGUGCUACCCAUUGGGCUGAGCGAUAAUCCCGGCGAGGAAAUGGUCCGCAUCUACUGCCCGAAGUGCAAUGAUGUUUACUUUCCAAAGGCGGCUAGACACUCGAAUCUGGAUGGAGCCUUCUUUGGCAGUGGAUUCCCUCAUAUGCUGUUCAUGGUGUAUCCGGACGCAAGGCCAAAGCGGACAAAGCAGAAGUUUGUGCCCAGGCUUUAUGGUUUUAAGAUCCACCAGAAUGCCUACCGAACUACGGCUGAGAUCCAAAAAGAUAUAAUGAUGGCGCCAAUAGGAGAGAUCGAUACCCCAACCCACAACUGAUCCCAAAUGUGAAAUUCCUCAUGUAAAACCGUGGUGUACUCCGCGAAUAAAUGGCCACUGUUU